UUUUGUUGAUGUGUAAGCUCAUCAUCAAGGUGUAUUCCAUCUGCGAAAUCUUGAUGAAGGCGUAAACAUUGAUCUGUAAGAUUCGUGCCGGAGGAUAAGGCGUCUCUUCCUCCAAUUCUCAAGUCCAAAACCCACCUCCGUCUGUUUCCUUGUCAUCGUCUCCAAUGGCUUCCUCUCUCCUCCGGGCCUCGCCCCUCUCCCUCCUCGCCCGCCUAAAUCCUCUCAACCAUAGGCUGCCUCCCGCCUCGCCCCUCCGCCUUGUCCUCCCGCUCUCCGCCUUGUCCUCCCGCUCGCCGCCCCCGCUCCGAACCCUAGCGGCCGCGGCGGCCACCGACGCGGCGACCCCGCCAGAGGAGGCGGCGCCCGCUGCGGAGCCGAGGCAUGAGAAACUGCAGCCGCUGCAGUGGCCUUCGAGGGACGCGCUGUGCGGCGAGCUCGGCGUCGGUGACGCUGGCCGCCGGGUGCGGCUCUGCGGCUGGGUCGCCCUCUGCCGGACGCAUGCCGGGCUCACGUUCCUCACCCUACGAGACCGCUCCGGCAUGGUCCAGGUGACAACUUUGCCAGAAUAUCCAGAAGUUUACAACAUAGUGAAUAAGCUGAGAGUGGAGUCAGUGGUUGCUAUUGAGGGGGUGGUGCGGCCACGCCCGACAGAUGCCAUCAAGGCAGAUAUGAAGACUGGGGCUAUAGAGGUUGCUGCAGAUCAUGUUUUAGUGCUGAACUCGGUAACUCGUUCAUUGCCUUUUCCAGUUACAACUGCUGAUACUGUAAAAGAAAAGUUUCCAGAAGAAAUUAGAUUGAGGUUUCGAGUGCUGGACUUGCGUCGUCCUCAAAUGCAGUCAAACUUGAGAUUGCGCCAUAAUGUUGUUAAGCUCAUUCGUCGUUACUUGGAGGAUAAACAUGAUUUUGUUGAGAUUGAGACUCCAGUUUUAUCCAAGUCUACACCAGAAGGUGCUCGGGACUAUCUUGUACCAUCGAGAGUUCAGCCAGGAACAUUCUAUGCUCUCCCUCAAAGCCCUCAGCUGUUCAAGCAAAUGUUGAUGGUUUCUGGCUUCGAAAAGUAUUAUCAAAUUGCAAGGUGCUUCCGAGAUGAAGAUUUGCGUGCUGAUAGGCAACCAGAGUUUACACAACUUGAUAUGGAGAUUGCCUUUACAUCAAUGGAGGAUAUGUUGAAGUUGAAUGAAGAAUUGAUGAGACAUAUAUUUCAAGAGGUAGGAGAUAUCAAGCUGCCAAAUCCUUUUCCAAGGUUAACAUACGCUGAGGCAAUGAAUCGCUAUGGGACAGACAGGCCUGACCUUCGGUUCGAUUGGGAGCUAAAAGAUGUUAGCGAUGUAUUUUUGGGCAGUAACUUUAAAGUUUUUGCUGAUACAUUAGAAAAUGGAGGUAUUAUAAAGGCACUGUGUGUGCCUGGUGGUGCCAAUGUGUUUUCAAACACUGACCUAAAGAAAGGAAGUGUUUACACUGAAGCUUCCAAAGCUGGAGCGAAGGGCCUUCCUUUCCUCAAAGUUACAGAGAAUGGGGAGCUUGAAGGAAUUGGUCCGCUGGUAUCAAGUCUGAAAUCCGAAAAGAAAGAUCAGCUAGUGGAACUUCUUGAGGCGAAGGCAGGUGAUCUUAUCCUGUUUGCACUGGGCGAACAAUCAACAGCUAACCGGAUUCUUGGCAGGUUAAGAUUAUUUGUAGCUCAUAAGCUUGAAGUGAUAGACACGUCAGCACAGUCAGUUCUCUGGGUAACAGAUUUUCCAAUGUUCGAAUGGAAUGGUGAUGAGCAGAGAUAUGAGGCCCUACACCACCCUUUCACUGCACCAAAUCCUCAAGAUAUGGAUGAUCUACCAUCAGCUCGUGCCUUGGCUUAUGACAUGAUUUACAACGGGUUGGAGAUUGGAGGGGGCAGUUUGAGAAUCUACAAAAGUGAUGUACAACAAAGGAUUUUUGAGAUAAUUGGUAUCUCACCUGAACAGGCAGAGGAGAAAUUUGGUUACCUUUUAGAAUCUUUCGAUAUGGGUGCCCCUCCGCAUGGAGGCAUUGCCUAUGGAUUGGAUCGGUUGGUGAUGCUUUUGGCUGGUGAGAAUUCGAUUCGGGAUGUGAUAGCUUUCCCAAAGACCACGACUGCUCAGUGUGCGCUCACCAAAGCACCAUCAGCUGUAGACCCUCAGCAAUUGAAGGAUCUCGCCUUCCCUACUUCUCGAGGAAACUGUUGAUUGCAAAAAUGCAUGGGGUUAAGGAUCAGCUAAUAGUUUACAGAGAUGGCCGCAGCAGCAGGGUCCUGGAGCAGCAGCUCGACCGCGGCGCAGACGGGCAUGGCGAGGGGGAGGAGAGGAAGGCGGCGGCGAAGAGCACGCGCUUCCCAGAACCGUACGUCGACGAAGAGCCUCACGGUGAGCGUGGGUCGCCGUGGUCGUGGACGCCAUGUCGAACGCGGGACGGACGCAACGACACGACGAACAGCUGCAGGAGGGAUCGAGGUGGGGAGGCAAGAGCUAGCGUAGAAGGCGAGGAGGAUUGCCAAUCUUUUGAAGCGAGUACAGGUAGGAAGCAAGCUUUGCAUGCACUGUGCUGUGCUUUCUGCUCUGUGAUCGCAAGCGCCGAGGGCGUGAAGCUAGCACUAGUACACCUACCACUGGGAAGCUUGCACGGGGAAGUGGGAUGAAUCAGGACUGCACCUUCUAUUCAGAUAAUGCUUCACUCAUACAGAGUCUACUGGACCAGCGACAUCCAUGAGCAAAGUGG